CGCUGUUCGGUAUGGGGGUGACCACGGAGCAGCUCCAGGUAGCCGUUGCGGCACUUUCCGCCUUGGGCGGGAACAUGCCCGGCACCAGAGUUGGCAAAGCUCCGUCGGUCCCCAUACCGAGCAUGCUGCCACUUCCCAGCACAAGGGGAAGAAGACCUGGAGGAGCAGGAGGAGGCCCGGCAAGGGUCUGGUGAUCGAGGAGGUGCUGGUGGAGGACGUCCCGGAAGGGGAAGACGAUGAGUCGAGCGAGUGUCGAGUAUCGGCCUUCAAACGUCUGGGGGGACGAGGAGACUCGAGUGUCGGCUUUCAACAUGCUCAACCGCGGACCGGAAGGCCGCCUAGGUGACCUCCGCCGACAAAUCUCCGAGGGCAGGCGGAGGCACGUUGAGGAGUCUGCGACCUCGGCGAGGCCCGAGCGCACCGAAGGCCGACGGGACGAGCGGACUCAGCGUCGCCAGAGUCCAGCAAGAUUUGAGAAGACAAAGGUCUCCGAUCGGGGUGUGACUAAGCUCGCACGCGAGAUUGCCGAGGAGAACGCGCUGGGCAGCGGCAACGGUACAGGAGGUAUUACCUCGACCCCGGACGCGGUCCAGGCGCUGUUCGGUAUGGGGGUGACCACGGAGCAGCUUCAGGCAGCCGUUGCGGCACUUUCCGCCUUGGGCGGGAACGUGCCCGGCACCAGAGCUGGCAAAGCUCUGCUCGGUCCCCAUACCGAGCAUGCUGCCACUUCCGAGCACAAGGGGAAGAAGACCCGGAGGAGCGGGAGGAGGCCCGGCAAGGGUCUGGUGAUCGAGGAGGUGCUGGUGGAGGAUGUCCCGGAAGGGGAGGACGAUGAGUCCAGCGAGUGUCGAGUAUCGGCCUUCAAACGCCUGGGGGGCGAGGAGACUCGAGUGUCGGCUUUCGACAGGCUCAACCGUGGACCGGAAGGCCGCCCAUGCGACCUCCGCCGACAAAUCUCCGAGGGCAGGUGGAGGCACGUUGAGGAGUCAGCGACCUCGGAUGCGUGCUCGGCGAGGCCCGAGCGCAUAGAAGGUCGACGGGACGAGUGGACUCAGCGUCACCAGAGUCCAACGAGAACCAAGAAAACAAAGGUCUCCGAUUGGGGUGUGACUGAGCUUGCACGCGAGAUUGCCGAGUUCAAGAGCCGAGUGGAGACGAGGCCCCCCUAUAGCAAUCUCAUCUUGCGAACAAUCAAGGCUUACAGCGGGACGACGGACCCUCAAGAUCAUUUGUCAAAGUUCUAUGCUUCGAUGGAAGCAGCGGCAGCCCCGGACGAGGUCAAGUGCCGAUGCUUCCUCGCGACGCUGGAGGGCUCCGCGUGCGAUUGGUUCAACCGGCUUCUGAAGGGGACCAUUGACAAUUGGGAUACACUAGCGGAGAAGUUCUUGACGCACUUUGCGGCCAACAGAAGGCAAAGGCUGCCAUACUCCCACCUCCUCAACAUCUGCAUCCGCAAAGGAGAAAAGGAGCUCCGCAAGAAUCCUCCUCCCACGUACCAGGAAACCUUGGCGCGCGCUAACUUCUUAGCCUCAGAGGAGUUCGACGAUGCUCCAAACUCUGAGGCCGCGCCGGCCAAGCGAGCUCCCGUGGACUUAGGAGAAAUUGCGAAGAUAAGAAAUAAGAAAAAGGAUUACAUCGCAGGUCCCAGGAUGCCCUCGGCUGGAGUAUACUCCGUAGGGGUACCCGUGGGGAUGGGUCGAGAGCUUGCCCUCUCCCCGCUCCCUCACGUGGAGACCUACGCGGUAUCUGGAGGGAGCAAGUACUGUGAGUACCAUCGCAACAACACUCAUAACACCAAGGAGUGCUUCACCCUUCAGAAGGAAAUGCAUCGGUUGAUCGCCCGAGGGCCGGCUCCGCGGGAAGAUGGAGCAGCCCCGUUGCGGGGGGCGCCAGAAGGGAGAACCUGGAGGAAGCCGGCCGAGCCAGUCGUGGUGGCCACGCAAGCAAGGAACCCCGAGAAGACGCACAUCGGGCGGGAUUGUGAUGACCUGGACGAGGACGAAGCCCAAGGAUACCUUGUGGGGUUUAUCCACGGGGGAAACAUUGGCGGAGACUCUGUCGCUCAAAGGAAGAGGUGGAAGCACAUGGCCUUCGUCGCCAAAGUCCACCAGGCGCCGGCACCCAAGCUCGGAAGACGAGAGCAGAUUCAAUUCACAGAGAAGGAUCUUCUGAACACGCCGAGUACCCAUCGGGAUGCCUUGGUCGUGAAGAUAGAGAUCAACGAUGCCAUAGUGCACCGUACCCUGGUGGACACAGGAAGUUCAGUCAACAUAAUGUACGAGAAAACCUUCCAAAACCUCGGCUUGAACCGCAAGGACCUAAGGCCCGUGCGCACUCCCCUCUCCGGGUUCACGGGAGACUACAUCGAGGCCGAAAGAGUCAUCACGGUGCCCGUGAUAGUUGGGGAUGGUGCGCACAAGGCCAAGCUGAAGAUGGAGUUCAUGGUUGUGAGCAUCAACUGUGCGCACAACAUGAUCCUGGGAUGGCCCGGCCUUGAGGACUUGGAAUACGUGAUCUCCCCAUACUACUUAUGCAUGAAGUUCCCCACCCCUUCAGGAAUCGGGGUGGCGAGGGGAGACCAGAAGCUAGCUCGAUCAUGCUACGUCCGAAUCACAAAGAAGUUGCCAAGGGAUGAGACGCUGGUCGUGAACGCGCAGGAGGAAAUGCGUAAGCUGGAAGCGCGGCCGAAGGCCGAGCUCGCCAAGGAAGUCGAGGAUGUGCCGCUUGACCCUCGGGCCCCCCGAGUGGAAGGUGAAGAUCGGGGUGAGCUUGACUGGGAACCGGCGGAAGCACUUAGUGGACGUGCUCACCGCCUACCGCGUGAUCUUCGCAUGGGGAUCCGGGGAUAUGCCGGGGGUGGAUCCCAAGAUCAUAUGCCACCGACUUUCAUCGCUCCCGAAGGCUUCAGAGCAUAUUACUCAAUCCGAUUCGGCUUCAAGGCGUCAAAUAAUGAGGCGGAGUAUGAGGCGCUCCUGUGCGGGCUACGUCUUGCAGCCGGGAUGAACACGACGAAGCUAAGGGUAAAAUGUGAUUCGAAGCUGGUAGUUGGCCACGUCUCUGGAGAAUUCGAGGCGAAAGAUGAAAGAAUGAAGAAAUACAGGGUUACCGCUUUGGAAUUACUCAAGAGCUUCACUGCGUACAGCGUCGAGUUGAUCCUUCGGGCGGAGAACGCCGAGGCAGACAUCUUAUCUAAGUUGAGCUCAGAAACGCCCGAGCACGUCAGGCGGAUGGCAAACGUGGAAGAGCUGUCCGAGCCGAGCAUCCAUGCAUUCCUCGUGGUGCCUCCAGCCAGCCGAAGCGAAACAGGCCAUGGAGGAGGUGCAUGCAGGGAUUUGCUCUGCCCACCAAGGGGCAUACGCGGUGUCGAGAUAGAUAACCCUCGAAGGAUAUUUUUGGACAACAAUCAUGAAGGAUUGCGCGGAGUUCGUGAAAAGGUGCAAGGUUUGCCAAGAGUUCCAGAAGUCGACGGACUGAAGCGGAAGUUCGAAGCCUGCGGAGGGGAGUGGGCAGAGCAGUUGCCUUAUAUCCCAUGGACCUACCGAACCACGCCCCGGAGGGCAACCGGGGAGACUCCCUUCGUCCUAUGCUACGGAUUCGAGGCGAGGGCACCCGCGGAAAUCUCCAUCGCAACCCACCGGGAGGAGAUCUUUGACCCCGAGCGCAAUGAAGAAGCCUUGGCAGCCGAGCUCCACCUCGUGCACAAAAGGCGGGAAGCGGCUUUCAUACGGGCAGAGAAUUAUCAGAGGAAAGUGAAGAGCUACCACGACUGGCGCGUGCGCGCGCGAGGAUUCUUCAAAGAGACUGGGUGUUGCGCAAGAGGACGACACCGAGCGGAGGGGACGUGCCCAGGACAUGGAAUGAUGAGAAUCUGGUCAAGUUUUAUCAGUAGAGCUCUAUUGUACCCAAACCCCAAGAGGGAACCCGUAAAUCCUUUGAUUGAACUCAAUAAAAUGAAGUUUUUGCGAACAAAGUCUGCUUUGACCAUACCCGGAUGUUUUCCCCGGAUGAAGGUCAAACACUCGCGCUCGGUGCUCCUCCACAGGAGGAAGGGCGAGCGCAGACCAUACUCGGAUGUUUUCCUUGGAUGGAGGUCAAACACUCGCGCUCGACGCUCCUCCACAGGAGGAAGGUCGAGCGCAGACCAUACCCGAAUGUUUUCCAUGGAUGAAGGUCAAACACUCGCACUCGGUGCUCCUCCACAGGAGGAAGGUCGAGCACAGACCAUACCCGGAUGUUUUCCCCGGAUGAAGGUCAAACACUCGCGCUCGGCGCUCCUCCACAGGAGGAAGGGCAAGCGCAGACCAUUCCCGGAUGUUUUCCCCGGAUGAAGGUCAAACACUCGCGCUCGACGCUCCUCCACAGGAGGAAGGUCGAGCGCAGACCAUGCCCAGAUGUUUUCCCCGGAUGAAGGUCAAACACUCACGCUCGGCGCUCCUCCACAAGAGGAAGGUCGAGCGCAGACCAUACCGG